GGAACUCUCUCCCUGCCCUCCUCCCUCCUCCCUCUCGUACAUUCGCCCCUGUCCUCUUCGUCUUACGUCCUCUCAUCCUUUGUGACGUUACCAACGCCCUAUCCUUUCGUUCGAUCUUUAGUUAUCGCCGAACUAGACGGAGCUCUACUUCCGUGGCACUCUUCAAUCACUAGGAUCAACCUCCUUGCUGAUUGCAUAGUCUUAUCCAUUUUGGCUUCUUGGGUCGGGGUUUGAUCAGAUUGGUUGAUUCAAUAUUUAUCCAGCACGUCCCUGCUACGCGCCAGUUUGUCACGAUUUGAAAAGACACCAGGACAAUUCGCAAUAAACAACAUCGCAAGCGCUCGAGCAGGAAAAGAAAAAGGGAAAGGAAAUUAAGAAACAAAAUUAAAGAAAUAAAUUCGACCUAUCCACUGCGAUUGGAGCUCCACUCUUCCUCAUUCUUCCAGUCCGUUUACUUGGUCAUCUUAGCGGCGUCACAUUCCUGCCUUACAGAUCUACUACUUACUUGUCGGCGCUGUCUGUGCUGCAUUGCCCUGCCUAUUUUUGCCCAGCGCCAGAGCAUUGAACAUUCUUAAAAGGAUCACCUUUCCGAUCUCAACUGCAGCUGCAUCAUCUGUUGUCUGCAUUAAUACCGUCCGCCCUUGUCUGGGAUUUUUUGGGUACCUCGCUUGACGCUAUAAUCGAUCAAUAAUCUGACCGCACAUUAAUAUUUACCACCGGCGUUUUAUUACUUUAUUUAUUGAAGAUUACGGGCCACAAGGCACUCCUUGUCACUAUUUAACCCUUUGAAGUCUUAUGAAAAUUCGUGAUAUUCGAGCUGUGACAAUGGGACGAGGAGGAUACGAUACCACCGGCGUCCAAACAGACGAGUCCGAUCAGUCCAACUAAAUGCCAUGAAGGCAUCGGUUAACCACACCAUGUUAUAUUGUUUCGAGCGAAAAGUUUGUGGUUUUAUUGGCGCCAUGGUCUGCGGAGUUCACGUGUUGAUGAAGUCGAUCUUCAUUUUCCUGUAACACUAUGUUUUAUUACUCUAUUCGCUUCGUUGUCCACCUUUUUGGUUUCGGGUCUAUAACCUUUUUAAUACGCCUCUUCGGGGUCACGCUCGUUACCACUUUCCGACUCAUGGCUGCUGCCAUUUUGACCUUCGACCCCGAUCCUUCUACUUUUACAACUUUAAUUUCACCAUCGACAUGAACCAGCGCAGGUCCACGAUCUGUUCAUCAAAAGUGCUUUUUUUUUUUUUUU